AUGGUCGCCGACGCUCUGGUCUACCACCCUGCCCUGGCGCAUUACCUGCGCUUUGUCGCGACGACGGUCGGUCGCGACAAGCUCCUCCGCACGAUCCAAUACUUUUCCCGCUUCUACGCCUGGUACCUGUAUCGCACGAACCGGCCGCAGUCCGCCAUCGACCCGUACAACGCGGUCAAGAAGCAGUUCGGCACGACGCGAAAGAUCCUGCGCAUCGGCAAGUUCGUCGAGCACCUCAAAGCCGCCGCCAUCGCCCUCGACAACAAGAGCCCCAUCGAUCCUGUGCUGCGCUAUCUGGCUAUCGGUCGCCAGCUCGGCUAUGCGGGCUAUCUGACCCUCGACACCAUCACAGUCGUCGACACCAUCGGCGUCCGGAAGCUGGCUUCCGCGAAGCGCCUGCAGGAGAACGCUGUUGUGGCGGGUGUCUACACGCUGUUCCGUCUGCAGGAGAAGGAGAAGACUAUCAACCGCAAGGAGGGCGAGGGCGUUGUCGAGGCUAAGAAGAUCGAGAAGGAACGCGCUGCCGCUCGCAUACAGCUCGUGUCCGACCUGUGUGACUUGUCUGUCCCGGCUGCCACCCUGGGCAUUGUGUCGCUCGACGACGGUCUGGUCGGUAUCGGCGGUACCAUCAGCAGUUUGAUCGGUGUCUGGUCCCAGUGGCGCAAGACCGCAUGA